CUGCGGAUGCAGACAGAUGCCCUUACUGCCUCCACUGCGGGCUCCUCGCCGAUGUGUUUUCUCCUUCUAUUAAAGAAGAAAAAGGAAUUUUGAAGCGAGUCCACAGAGAUCAUGCAGAAGAGCUCAGUGGUCGUGGUGGCGGAUAAAACGAGCCUGAAAAGGCCGUUUAUUUUCGCUAACGCUGUACAUAUGGCUUUGUGUUUCUUCAUGUUGAGGCUGACUGUGAUUUGGCAUCGGGACCUUAUACAAACUGGCAAGAUGGUGCCCAGUAUUUCUGUAGCAAUGAUGUACGUGAUCGAAGUCGGCUGCCUGCUGCUGUCAGUGCUCGGUGUGUUCGGAGCCUGCAAAGGAAAGAGAUGGUGUUUGAUUCUGUAUGCAGCUGGCAUGGCAGCGGCAAGUCAAACUAUAAUUAUCAGAACGGCAUUAAGUUAUCAAGAUGUUUAUGAGAAACGCGUUGUCCGUGAGGAGUCCAAGCUGCUGGCCAUGAUGCCGCUCACUGGGCCGAACAAAGCCAACAGGACAUUGCUCCAUAAUAUCCAAGAGGAAUUGGAAUGCUGUGGUCUCAUCGAAGGCUACAAGGACUGGGGUGCAUCCAUUCCCGCCUCCUGUAACUGUCAUUAUCCAGGAAAAUGUGUUCGACUAAGAGGCAUCGCCACUCUUGGAGCUCCGAAGAACCAGUAUGUCUAUCGAGAGCCUUGCCUCCCGAUUUAUCUCUCCGAGCUGAAGCUGGCCUUCUCCUUAGUGAUGGCCAUACAGUUUGGAAGUGGAGUGUUUUGGAUUAUUUUACUCGCAAUGAGCAUCAAACUGAUGGGACAGAUAAAAAGGAAACAAGAGUUUAUAGCUCUCCUCCAGUCCAACAGAUACGUUCCAGGGGCUUUCUAGCGCUGCACACUACUAUGAUUUAAAUGUGCACUUGGCACUACAAGCAUAAAUGGUUUAAAUUGGCACCUGAAGCUGCAUACCAUAAUAAGGCUAUUAUGUGCUGUAGCAAUAUGUUAUAAUUUUAUACAUGUUACUGCAUGUAACUGAUGUUGACAAGUGAUCUACAUAGUUAGAUUUAUAUCAUUGCUUUUUUUAAGCCUUACUGCUGUAAACAAAGCAAUUGAAUGCAAUUUUACGUGUAUUGAAAUUAUAUUCACACUUUUACAUGCUUUUGCCGUAUAGAAGAUUGUGCUUUCAAAGAAUAUUUUGUCAAAUAAGCGGUUUAUCUGGUGCUUAUUCUUUUGUUUUGUCAUGGGAUAUGUAGGGAAGUCCUUUUAAUGUUUUUUUUUUCAUUUGUUCCAUAUGCAGAUAAUAACCUUCUUUUUACCUCAUGCGUCCAAAAUGGUUGAAAUGUAGUAAAUUCUUUAUUUUUUCUUAGUUUCUUUAGUCAAACCUGUCUGGCCUCCAAAAUGGGGAUAUUUACUGUACUAACACCCAUCAUUUUUUAAAAAGUCUGAUUUUGGGAUUCAUUUCAGCUUUUUUAAACCCUGGAUUUUAUAGAAAUAUUGAAUAAUUUUCACAAAAUUUUUAGUAUAUAUCUAUAGAGGGCGACCAGUGCCGCUAUAGAAUACAUAAAUAACAUGAAAGAAUUAUUUAAAUGUGACAUUAAUUUAUUAAAACUGAAUAUCAAUACGGACUUUAACUAAUAACAAACAUAUGAUUAAUUAUACACGCUUGUUUAAAUAUAUAACUUUUAUGAAAUAUAAUUGUUUAAAGAUUUAAUGAAUUAUCACAUUUUUCCUGUGUUGAAGCAUUGCAUUAAUUUAUUUAAACUGUCACACAUCCAUCAAAGUCAAAGAGGCAGGACUAAGGCACCCUGUGUAAAAACUGACAUCUGAUUAGAUAUUUAUCAUUAAAUAAAUUCUUUAUUUAUUUCCAGUUUUAAUACAAAAAUUAUACAUUUGAAUAAUUAUUCCAUAGGUUAUUUAUUUAUUGAAUAGUGGCACUCUGCGCCCUCCAUAUUCAAACCAAGUUCUGUCAAUACUGUCAUAUGUGUCUUUGUUAUUCAAAGGGCAUGCAAAGUCUGUUUAAAAUUUUUUCCUUUUACAUAUUGCAUAUGUUUUAGCUCACAAUAAUAGUCUUACUUUUUGAGAACUAUAGAAAUAUGUUGAACAAAUAUUGAAUGAUAAAAGUGAGGCAUAAAAAGACAGCCGAGGAGCAGGCUUAAAGUUGGAAAAGACGGAUUAUAAUCUGCUUUAGACGAGUGAGCUACAGUGAGCAGCAAAGACAAAAGUAAAAAGCUCCAAUUUGAGUUCCUUUAGAUACGGUUUAUUUGGUAGUUUAUCCUGUGAAAAGGAACCCACUCUAUUUCCCCACAGUGGGCAAACAAUACUUCUGAGAAAAUCCGUUGUUAGGUAUAAAACUAUAACUGCAAUAAGGUUAGAUAUUUCCAUUACUGAUCCAGUUCUGACCUGUCCCCAUGAAUACUUUAUACAAGGGACCCAUGCAGUGAUUAUGCACUUUUCUCCACAUAAUUUCUCCUCUUUCCUUUUAAUACACAACAAAAUACAAAGUCACUAUAAUUCUGUUGAAAAUUAUUUUUAGAAGAAAAUAAAGUGAUUACCAAUAGAGAUUUUCAAACAGUAUGUUACAGACAUGGGCAGGUCAAGUAUAUAAAACAAAUUGGAUUUAUUGAUUGUUAAAAACACAUACCGAACAAUUACAAACUUCUGCCAUCUUAAUUAAAAAAUAUUUACCUCUUAAAAUAAUCAGGGCGACGUGUAACUGUAGGAAAAUAACUAUUAGAAUCAGCUGGUCAGGCUUCUAACUAUAAGCAGAAAUCGGCAUUGACCAGUUAAAACCUGAUUGGUGCAUCUCUGUCAAGUAUUAAUUCAAAAGCUAUCAACAAAGUUAGCAUAGCAAAAUUCAUUUGCUAGGAUUAUAUGCAGGUAUCUUGGUAGAAAUCGGAUUAAUUCUACAGUACAGAUUUCUUUUCGCUAUACUACCCUAACGUCCCCUCUGUAUAACCACAUAUUAAACAAUUAUUUUGUCUUAAAGCACACAACUUUCUACAUUAGAUUAUUGCUAGAUAAAAGCUUCAUGCAGCACAUUUUUAACUGUGUUAACAAAGUGCUUCUAUUGAAUAUAAUCCAGUAUUUCUUGCAUAUAUAAUCAGGUUAGACCAUCAGAAUGGGAUGCAUUUCUCAUUGAAUGUCUUGACUUCUUGUUAUGCACAGUGUAUAUUUCUGAAAUGAUGACGUUGCAGUUUGUUUUUUGAAAAGCACAUUAAAUGAAUGAGUGAUAUUCAAUCAAAACCACAUGUUUGAGGAGGUGGCUUUGUUUUUGUUGCACAUCUUAUAGACAUGCAGCUGAGAUCAUUCUUUGGUUUGAGUUUGGGGGUAAAAAUGGGAAACUGCGGCAGUCUGGCUCUUGUGUGAAAAUAAGUCAAUGCUUUUCUACUAUAAUCCAGUUGAGGUCACUGUUCCAUAGAAAACUCACUAGCAUAUACAUUUUUCUGCAUGAGCUGCCUGCCGUGAGAAAUACUCCUGUUCUUAAAUAUUGUAAAAUACAAUUAAUCUACCUGUGCACUUAAACCAUAAAUGCCUGAUAUGCUGUACGUUUGCAGUUAUGGUUUUUUUUCUUCUGCAUUUUACUGUUCAUUUUUGAUUCUAGAUGUGAACUUGAUAUACUGUUUUGUAAAUAGCAGGAAUAAAAAUAUG